GCCCGCAGUAACAGUGCUCUGUAAAUUGAGUAGAAGAAGCGUUUCAGCUGUUAUACUCUGGACAUGGUUCCAAAAAUCAUAAUAUAAUGAUUUGGGGAAAUUAUGAACUUGAGGAUAAAGUAUGAAUGAAGAUCUGCAACAUGUUCAGGAAUUCAGGCAUAGUUGUAAUGGACAUUCAAGACACUAAAACAAUCUGAUUCCCUUUUGGCAUUGGGAUUAAAUAUGCACAUUAGCUUCUGUCAGGACAUCUGCUGAAUCUAUAAUGAUUGGUCCUUUGCAAUGAUGUGCCAGAAAAUACAUGCAUUAUAAAAUAGCACAGUUGAAGCAACAUGUCUAAAAACGUGGAGAUCAUCAAUUUGUCAUUUUUACUGGAACAUGAAAGGGAAACAAUAAUGGGUGUAUUGAAAAGGGAUGAAUACCUGAAAAAAAUGGAAGAUAAAAGGAUCAGGAAAUUGAAGAAUGAGUUCCUGGAAGUGAAACGGAAAGGUGGACGGCAGUACCAAGAGGACAACAGCAGGGUCUGCAUUCGCUGUCAAAAAAAUCUGGGCUUAAUCUUUGAUAGAGGGGAUCUCUGCCAAACAUGCGGACUCAGAGUUUGCAACCAAUGUCGUAUUGCAGGAAUUGAUGGCAAUUGGAAGUGCACAGUGUGUGAUAAGAUUGCGCAUCUUAGGAUCGUAACAGGUGAAUGGUUCUUUGAGGAGAGAGCAAAGCGCUUCCAACAAUCCAAGCUUCUUGGAACUGAUAUUGUUAGAAGGUCUAUCCUACGCAAAGCCCCAGUCUCCUCUUCUGAACAUAUAGAAGGAGGAAAACCCAAAGAUCAGUCUCCAGAGAGCUCAGAGGAGACAUCAAAGCAAGAUACACUAGCUUCCUUUUCAAGCGGGACAAAAUUAAUAUUCAGUGGACCGAGAAAAAUAGGGAAGGUCUUCAAGGGAGUCACGAAAGGAGACAUUGCAAAUCUGAAAACAGAAGAUGGAAGAAGCAUCAGCUCAGAUGCUGAUGUCCAGAGCAUUCACAGUGCUGAUAGGGGGAGCACUGUUUCACUGGACAGCAGUGACCUGAAGGACAUGCCCGGGAGCUUGAAAGGGACAGUGGGUACUGUGAACCGAAGCAAUGCCUCUACUCCAGUCCAUCCAAGGUCACCAGCACUCAGCACACGCAGCAUGACCAUUGACUACCAUAGGGAUCCUGGAUUGGAAAAUGGCCUUACAAUGCCUGCAAGUGAAAGUAUACCUGCAGAUUUGGCAAAAAGGCAUCGGGGGAAGACAUCUCGACCACCCUCCAUUGCAGUUUCUAGGACCUCUCUUGCAUCUGAUCGCAGCAGAUCAGAGAUAGAUCUCAGUGGGUCCUUUUCAGAAGGAAAUGAGGAUACUUUAAGCUUAAGAAGCAAAUCUGUACCUGGAGCAUUGGACCAAGAGCUGGAUUACCUGGAUGAGGAAGAGGAAGAUAUUGAUGACAUUGUGGCCUCUGGCUACUCCAAGCAGCAGACCAAUUUGGCAAGUGGAUUCUCAAUGAACUCCCCUUCAAGUUCUGACAGGAAAUGGACCUACUUAAAUGUUCCAGAAGCAGAUGGUGAUACUACUAGCAUUAAUAGUAUGAUGAGUGUGUAUAGUGAAACUGGGGACUAUGGCAACGUGAAGAUCAGUGGUGAAAUUUGUCUUCAAAUUAGCUACAGCUAUAAAACAGGAGCCCUCAACAUCCUAGUAAAAAAAUGCAAGAACUUGGCCAUAGCAGAUGAAAAGAAGCAAAGAACAGAUCCCUAUGUCAAAGCGUACCUCCUGCCGGACAAGUCUCGUCAAAGCAAAAGAAAGACGAAAAUCAAAAGCAAUAGCACAAAUCCAGAGUUCAAUGAAACACUGAAGUAUAUCAUCAGCCAUACACAGCUUGAGACCCGAACCCUGCAGCUUUCUGUCUGGCAUUAUGACAGAUUUGGGCAUAACAGCUUUCUUGGAGAAGUGGAGAUACCCUUGGACUCCUGGAACUUUGAAAAUCAGGCAGAUGAAUGGUUUAUGCUUCAGCCCAAGAUGGAGGUUGUAGCCGAUUCUGGCCUCCAGUACAAAGGAGAGUUGAUAGUGGUCUUACGGUACAUCCCCCCUGAGAGGAACCUAACACUUCCGCUAGGAGAGAUUCAAGGAAAGAAGAGCUCCAAGAAAGGAAAGAAGGCAAACUCACGAUUACCACCAGGAGGCAUAUUAGAAGUUAUCAUCAAGGAAGCCAAAAAUUUAAUGGCUGUGAAGUCAGGAGGCACUUCUGACACAUUUGUGAAAGGGUAUCUGCUUCCUGACAACAACAAAGCAUCCAAACACAAAACCCAUGUAAUAAAAAAGAGUGUGAAUCCCCACUGGAACCAUACCUUCACUUUCAGUGGCUUGAAUCCUAGAGAAAUACACAAUGUCUGUGUAGAACUCACUGUCUGGGACAAAGAGUCCCUUGCCAGCAAUAUCUUCUUGGGAGGUGUUCGCCUGAGUACUGGAACUGGCUUAAGUAAUGGCAAAGAAGUUGACUGGAUGGAUUCUCAAGGGGAAGAGCAACUUCUCUGGCAAAAAAUGAUUGACUGUCCUGGAGAUUCUGUGGAAGGCAUAUUAAUGCUAAGAUCCAGCAUGGGAAAACGCAGGCUUUAAGAAGAAUAUGACUUAAACAAGAAUGACUCCCAGGUAUAUUGUUUAUGAAAGUACAGUAUGAUAUGAUGGAGGCUGUUCUGCAAUGGAAUUCCUUCUGUAAUAAUUUGCACAUGUAAAAUAGGGACAACAAAGACUCUUCAACUUGGACUUUAAAUCUCCUAAAAUGGAUUAUAAAUGCAUUCAGCACUUUCCUACAUCUGCAUUAUUACCAUUAUUCUAACUUACCCAGCUCAAAACAGCAAAGUUGCUUGCAUUUCCUUGGUGUGACUGAGUAGCUGAGUGAGUGAGGCCUUCUAAAAUCAUGUACAAACAAAACAUAAUUUAAGCAGCUUCUUUAAGUGUGGAUUAUUUUAACACAUUUAUUAAUCACUACAUGCUUUUUUUCAGGAAACAUACUGAUAAUAAAUGGGUCAAAAAGUCUGAGUUAGGCUCAUUUAAUAUAAGCCCAUUUCAAAUAUCCCUAGUGGUUGGAAUGAGCUAUGGGGGUGGGUGUUUAAUAGUCGGCAAACUCCCAAAAAUAAUUACUUCCAUCUACUUAUACCUUCCAAUUUCUGCAUGUUCAUUUCCAUCAAUGGUUCCCAGUAGUGAGCUUGGUAAUGAAUAGUUAAAAAAAUCUCCAUUUACUACUGAUUAGCAGAACUGCUAUUUGGGGAGGUUUAGAAACCAGCAAAUAUUGCUGACGUAUAAAUGACAAGAACCUCAUAAAUCUCAUCAGUCAUGCAUCUACUACAGUUUAGCACUUCCUAUAGAAGUGCAGGCUUGAAGACACCAGACAAAAGAAAUGGUUGUCAUUGUCGUAUGAUGUCUCGUUGUGUAGAUAUUGAAGUUUAACUUUUUUUUGCAGAACUGGUAUGAUACUAUCAGAGUGGAAGAGACAAUUUAUGUUCUUCAUAUUUGGUGGUGAGGCAUCAAUCACAUGAUCUAUUCUUUGCCCUAAAACAAGGGUUACUAGUGCCUACCCAACAUUUUGAGCACCUUCAAAGGAAGAGAUUCUACAACCUCACUUGAUAAUAAAACUGUUCUAAGAGGUUGUUUCUUCUAAUAAUUAACAUUAAUCUACCUCACUGUUGCAGGAAAUUAGGGUGGAGUGAACAAUGGUUCCCCUUCCUCCCAAAACCCUUUUAAGCACUUGAAACUAGUAUUAUCACCAUAAUCCCCUUCUU